AUGUCUGGAAGAGAAAAAGGAAAUGAUUCCAGUGAAAAAGGACAUCUCCUUGAGUGGAACAUUGUGUCCCUUGAACAAAUAAACCUGCUAUUAAACCUAACUGUCGAAGAACUGGAAGUACAACUGAAAGAAAUACUGAACUUUAAAAAUUACCAAACAUGCCUGAAGGAAGCAGCCCUGUUGGACUACUUUGUCUCAGGGUUCUGGUGGGCCAAGGAAAUGAAUUUUACAUGUCAGCAAGUAUCAUGUUUCAUGGCUCUGUUGCAACUGUUACUGGACAAUAUAAGAGAAAAACAAAUGCCAUUUGUUGAUAAUUACAAGGAGUUUGCCAAGGCAAUUGCUGGAACCCGAAAGUCUCUGUCAUCAGAAGAUGAUGCCAGUCCUUUGUUCGAUGUAGAUCAAGCCAUUGCCAUCACUGACUACUUCAGGUUCGGUCUUUUCCAGCACUACAAGAUGUAUGAGUUUCUCUUCACUCAGCCCAGAGAGGAGCGUGUAUUUAAAAUGGAAGAAACUAUUGAGGUGAUCAGCCCUGGGGAUUUCGCUGCACCGCUGGAGGAGGGAAUGCCGACUGAUGUCUUCUUCCGAUACAUGGCCCCUGCCCCUGUAGAACAGCCUGGAGAGGCGGACAUCAGUGAGGAGUCGGGAGUCCAGGAGCAGGCGGCCUCUGCUGGAACAGACUGAGUUAAAACAACACUCAAUCUGAGUAGCACCUCUUAAAUUCAGGGUCAGAAUGCAUCU